CUGGAGGCAAUCCGCUCAGCCCAUGUCCACUCAUGAGGCUCAACCACACGGCCACACUUUGCCACUCUCCAAAAACUCGUGGAGCGGUUUUUCAGUUGGUGGUGGCACUAUACAUAGAACAAAAACCAGAGGACGUUGGUCCCAAGAGUUGGAUGGGAUUCGUCUGUUAAUCCCCAGUACGUGGCAAUGGAAAGGCAGCUGAAAAACAAGACCAACAGGAUCACAGAAGACUCCGCUGUCCGAAUCUGAGGGUUUCUAUCCGACACAAAGUAGAUGCGUCGAGGUAAACCCUGCCGACCGGUGGAUGUGUUAAGGCAAGCCCAGCCCAGCAGUAGAGUAGCGGACUGUUAGUCUAUCGGCCUACUACGUAGUGCUGGAGAGCGAAGGUACCUUGUUGUGGUCAGUCUUCCACUACCAAUCUGAAUGGUCCGCACGUUGGUGGCCAUGACGAGCCUAGUUUCACUUCGGCGGACACCACUGGGCUGAAUCAGGGUAUGAGCUGAUACUAUA